AUGUGCGAACACUCAAAUUAUUGUGCCGACUCCAGCGGGGGCUGGCGCGACGAGCUGCCGGAUGGCUCGCUAGUAUGCUACAGAUGUCUCGAGAUCCACCCCGUUUAUGCAUCCUGCACUCCUUCGCCCCUCCCAGAUGCGGUGUCACCCCCCCCUCGUCUGAAGUCGGGAAUCACUGGCUCCUUGUCUCUCCAUGAUUACCGAAAGUAUCUCUCCCAGGAGUGCACCGACGAUCCCGUCGAUCGGUCAGAGAAAAGCCUCAAGCGCAAGACUGCCACAUCGAAUUUGAAUCGACCGCCGCCGCUUUCUGCUGUUCCUUCUUGUGCAGUCUCGGUGUCCUCUGCGCCAUCCAGUCCCCCGCCUCUGUCGCCUUCCUGCUCUCAUAGUAUCAUCUCCCAGCGGAGCGAACAGGAUUUCGACUCCCUAGAGCUACCAUCUGUUUAUUCCCAGCGCCCACGAGAUUACCUUGUCUCAGAACAUCUGAUACGUCCUAGACCCAACAGGAAGCGAUUGAAUACUUUCCGUGAGAAGCACCGGAAAAACGUUCAGGCUCGGGACCAGGCUCAACGUUUGCCUACAAGUCCUCAGACAUCCGACUCGAUGUUGGCCACCACGCAGGCCGUUGCCACCGUCUCGCAUGGCGGGGCCUCCUUCGAGAUUCUCAAUCCGCGCAAGUCGCUGGAUAUUGCGAGAAUCGUCUCCUUCAUCGAGGAUGUCGAUGGCUGCUCGUUGCCUUCCCUAGAUCCCAUCCGGGACUCCAAGGUCUCCGCCACCACUGUGGACCUGGGACUGGACCGAUGCUCCCUUUCUCAGUUCACUGAUGCUUCCUUGCCAUCACACUACUCUUCACAAUCCAUAUACACUCCUUUAACGAGAUUCUCCACGCCCAAGCGGCAAACCACCGAUACCUCCUCCUCGUCACCUGGUGUGCACGGGCGAGUUCGCUCCCUCUCCGACUACUCUAUCCACGAACACAACCACUGGGCACAGAACCAGCAAAAUGAAAACGACCCACACGAGGAAACCUAUCCCGAUCUGAUCGGGGACUCCCCGAACCAGCAAAUGACCUCGAUCUCCGAGCGUCUCGAGGAACUAGACGAAGACAACGAUGAACGCCAACGUGAAUCACCUCGGUCACCAUCCUCCCAAAAGACCUUCUACUCCGACGAUGACAGCGAAAUCGGCGAGCCGGGAUCCCCUGUCUACGCAAAUGGCGAGUGGGCCCAGGUUGACGAGCGCGACCGCGGCGUCCUCUUCGACGAACCCUCUUCCCCCUACGGCAUAUACUACGAAAACACAAUGCCCGACUACAACUACGCCAAAAUCCACGACCCCUAUGAUCUCAUCUCUCUCGAUCCACAUGUUCAAUCCGUGCUAGCCGCGGCCAACGCCGAGGACAUGGGACUGCGCGGACAUCCCGCUCGCGACCUGGAUGACUUGCAGCGCAAGUCGAACGGGAAGGUCGAUGACCGCAAACAGGCUUUUUCGCAGAGAAAAAGGCUGCGAAAAUUCUUCAGCUGGCGGUCUGGGAACUGA